AUGGAGGAAUUAGCAAGAUUUGCAGUGGACCUGCCGAUGCCAACUCUGCAUCAGAACUCUCUGGAUGGAACUUUCAGACAUGGACUGGUGCUUAGCCCCAGUCUGCAUCAUGGAGAAAGAGAAAUAAGGUCCCCGCCGAGGCUGAGCGCGCCGCGGGCAUCCGCGCACGAAGGGCCCCCCCCCGCCCCGCCCCACCAAGGAACAAAAGCGGCAGCGAGGCGUCGGGACCGUGCACGCGAGCGGCUGCCUUACCCGGCCCGCCUCGCUCCUCCCGGGGACGGCCGCGGGGCGCUCUGCCCGGCGGGACGGGCUGCGGCCGGGGGACCAUCCGCGCUCGCUCCUCCAGCGGUGCAGCGCCCUUGCUCCUGCGGAAAGCGCCGCUGCUUCCCCGUGCCAGCCUGGGGCUCGCUCCCUCCCGCAGCCGGCGGCUGGGCUCUCGCCCCGGGCUGGAUGCCGCGGGGGGCGGGACGAGAGGGUCGCUCUCAGAGCAGCCCCCGGGGGCGGAGGAGCGAGCUGGCCUCCCCCCAGGCGCAGGCACAGGAGCCUCACGCCGCCGCCUGGAGCCCGGAGCGGCUCCCGGCCCCUCGGAAACUCGCUGCGACGGGCGGCGCAGGAGAGUUCUCAAGCGAGGAGAUAACUUAGGAGGGAAUCGCCCGUCUGUGAGAGCCAAAGCUCUGAAGUCACUCGGAUCCUGACUUCCCACUUUAGUAGGAGGGAUUUCAAGCGCCUUUUCAAUCGGACUAUUCCAAGGCCGUUGUCGACCCCAUUUAUUACGAUUGUAUCAAUGGUAAUUUUGCACAUGGAUCAUGGGUGGGACAGGACGCCCUUCUCCUCGCUGUAGUAUGCACAAAGGGAAAGAGAUUACACAGAAGGAAAAGCGGGAAAGCGUGCAUAUCCUCUCUCUUUUUGAAGGAAAGCGCCUUUGUGACUAAACAGUUUCCAUAUUAGUGUGGCCGGGUUGUAUUUCAUAUUUUCAUUAUUGUGUAUUUUCUGUUGCUCCAGGGCUCUUCAGAUUAUAGAUGAUGGACUAAAUUUGUAACCCUUCUUGCUCAGCUUGUGGCAAUAAUGCUUCCACUGUGUUUCCAUUCCAGAGCAAGGGAUCUGAUACAGUACUGUGAAAGCUUUUUUCCAGUGGAGAGUGUUGAUCUCAGAUCAGCAGCUGCUCUUGGGAGAGGACACUUCCUUGCACUCAGGUGUUGUGGUUUUAGUGUAAUACCUGGAUGGAGCAGAUGCAGGAUGCAGAUCUGAAUUUCAAACAUCCCAGAGUUUAUGGAUAUUUAGAGACAGGGUUUAGAUUUGGGGCCAUUUUUAGUUGUUACUGAUGUGGUGACCCAAAACCUGCAGUUAUUAAAAAUAUCCUUCAUUGUCACAUUUAUACUUCUAGCACUAUAAGGUGUAUAUGCACCCCAUGUAUUGAAAUACUUUAAGGGAUAACAGUAAUAGGUAUAUAAGCAUGUAUACACAACUUUAAUUCCACUUGAGCAUUCAGAUUACAUUAUAAACCACAAAGCAGCAUUCAGAUCACCAGAACCUGUGAGAUGGAAUUUAUUUGUGUGACAUUGCAGCAAGUCAGUUAUUUUGGAACAGCUGGGUGUAUAUCAAAGAUUCAGCAAACACAUGAGCCUCAGAUCCUUGUAUUUUUUUGUAAAAACCCUUCAGAGCUUGUAAACUUGCUCCCACUCUCCCCUCCUUUCACCGUAAACCUCAGUCUGCAAGCCCACAAUGAGUGAGAUCCUCAAAUAAAUAAUAAAUAAACCACAUGGAAAACUGC